AUGUCAGGGCCAAAACCCAAACCCCGUACAAUCCUUGGUCUAAUGAACAUCGGCCCCGACACCAGCACGGGUGCCCGAUUGACAUCUCUAGCCGAAUUCAAACAGCUCCUAUCCACAUUCCAAACCCACGGAUACACCGAACUCGACACAGCACGCAUUUACAGCGGUAGGGCUCAAGAAUCCUUCACGGCACAAGCAGGCUGGAAGGAGCGCGGGUUGAGUAUCGCUACGAAAUGGUACCCUCUGCAGCCGGGCGACCACAAACCAGAAACCAUCAGACGAGAACUCGAUAGGUCGCUAGCAGAGCUGGGUACAGAAUGCGUGGAUACCUUUUAUCUCCAUGCACCUGACCGAGCGGUGCCGUUUGAAGUGACGCUGCAGGAGGUGGAUAAACUGUACCGGGAAGGGAAAUUCAAGAACCUUGGUCUGAGCAACUAUACGGCUUUUGAGGUCGCGGAGAUCGUGAUGGUUUGUCGGGAGAGGGGUUGGGUGAGGCCGAGCGUUUACCAGGCGAUGUAUAAUGGUCUCAUUCGCACCAUCGAAGCGGAACUCAUACCCGUCUGCCGACGCUACGGGCUGGACAUAGUCGUCUACAACCCCAUCGCUGCAGGCGUGCUAGCGGGCUCAUACAAGUCGCCGUCCAUUCCAGACAAAGGCCGAUUCAGCGCGCAAAACCCGACUGGCCACACAUAUCGAAACCGGUAUUUCAAGGACACGACCUUUGCUGCGGUGGCACUUAUCGAGGCUGCGGCGUGCAAACACGGAUUGACCAUGGCGGAAUGUGCGUUCCGGUGGUUGAGGCACCAUUCGGCACUGCGGUUUGCCGUGGACGGGAAUGGGAAUGACGGCGUUGUUAUAGGGGUAAGUAGUCUGGCGCAGUUGGAAGGAAAUCUGAGGGACCUCGAGAAGGGGCCGUUGCCGGAGGGUGUGGUGGAGGCUUUCGAGGAGGCUUGGGCUUUGACGAAAGGGACCGCGGUCAAAUAUUGGCAUGGCGAGCUGGAGUAUGCGUAUGAUUUGAAGGAGGUUCUGUUUGGCAGGUAG